AUGAAGCUGAACGUCAAGAAUAUUCGGUACCUCUCCGCCGAUGAUUGGCGUGUUCUCACUGCGACAGAGAUGGGCAGCCGCAACCAUGAAAUCGUGCCAACCCCCCUGAUUGCUCAGAUCGCCGCCAUCCGCUCUGGCGACGGCGUCCACCGUUGCAUCUCCAACCUCGCCAAGAUCGGCCUCAUCGCCAAAGUCCGCAACGCAAAGUACGACGGCUACCGACUCACGUAUGGCGGUCUCGACUACCUCGCCCUCCACACACACCAAAAGGCCUCGACCGUCUACUCGGUCGGCAACCAGAUCGGCAUAGGCAAAGAGUCGGACAUCAUAGUCUGCGCAGAUGAGACGGGCAGGCAGCUGGUGCUCAAAAUCCACCGUCUGGGUCGCAUUUCUUUCCGUACCGUCAAGGCGAACCGCGACUACCUGCGGAAUCGCCAGGGUGGUUCGUGGAUGUACAUGUCGCGCCUCGCUGCUCUGAAAGAGUUCGAAUUCAUGAAGGCCCUACGAGCAGAGGGAUUCCCUGUACCCGAGCCGAUUGGUCAGAACAGACAUACCGUCGUCAUGAGCCUCAUCGACGCCUUCCCGAUGCGCCAAAUCUCAAAGGUCGGUAACCCACAGGAGCUCUACGGUGAGCUGCUCGCCAUUAUCGUUCGCCUCGCGCAGCACGGUCUCAUCCAUGGUGAUUUCAACGAGUUCAACAUCCUAGUUGAAGAGAGAACAGAAAAAGACGGCAGUUUGUCACUGGUGCCAACCCUCAUCGAUUUCCCGCAAAUGGUCUCCAUUGACCAUGCCAAUGCCGAAUACUACUUUGACCGCGAUGUGGCUUGCAUAAAGCGCUUCUUCGAUCGCCGUUUUGGCUUCACGAGCGACGAGCCGGGUCCUUUCUUCAAGGACGCCACAAAGAAGCUCGUCAAGCGGUUAGAUGUCCAAGUUCAAGCUUCCGGCUUCAGCAAAAAGAUGGCCAAGGAACUGGAAUUAUACAUGAAAGAGCAUGGUAUCGAUGGCGACGCUGGAGAUGUCGCCACUGGAGCAGACGGGGAAGAGGUGGACGACGACGAUGACGCUGAUGACGCAGGCGAUGAUGAGGAAGUUGAAGAUGAAGAAGACGGCGGUGUUUCCCUUGAAGGUGGCCCAGUAGGCGACGAUGUGUCUGCUCCCAGCGAUACGAUUGCAGAUGGGCAGUCAACACUAGCUGCACAGAUGACUAUACUGGAGAUAAGGGAUAACGACCCGUUACCAGAUCUCAAGGAUAUCAAGCCACCGCCACCUUCGGAACCCACCAUGACCACCAAGGCCGCUAAGAAGAAAGCCGGCUGGUCUAUAUAG